AGUGGCAGGAUGGAGGAGGUCGAGGAGGCGCGGGCGCUGCUGGCGGGCAGCGCGGGCGGCGCGGGCAGACCCCGCGCGCUGCCCGCGCUGUACGACCCGAGCCACCUGGCGCACCGGCUGGUGGUGCUGCUGCUCAUGUGCCUGCUGGGCUUCGGCAGCUAUUUCUGCUAUGACAGUCCUGCUGCCCUUCAGACCCAGGUUAAGCGGGAUAUGCAGGUGAAUACCACGAAGUUCAUGCUGCUGUAUGCCUGGUACUCUUGGCCCAAUGUGGUUUUGUGUUUCUUGGGUGGCUUUUUGAUAGACCGAGUAUUUGGAAUACGAUGGGGCACAAUUAUUUUUAGCUGCUUUGUUUGCAUAGGACAGGUGAUUUUUGCUCUGGGUGCAAUAGUUAAUGCUUUUUGGCUGAUGGAAUUUGGAAGAUUUGUGUUUGGGAUUGGUGGGGAAUCCUUGGCAGUUGCCCAGAACACAUAUGCUGUCAGUUGGUUUAAAGGCAAAGAAUUAAACCUGGUAUUUGGACUGCAGCUUAGCAUGGCUAGAAUCGGAAGUACAGUGAACAUGAACGUCAUGGGGUGGCUGUAUUCUGAGAUUGAAGCUUCGUUGGGUUCUGCUGGUCACACAACCCUUGGGUUCACACUUAUGGUUGGGGCUAUAACAUGUAUCCUUUCACUAAUCUGUGCCUUGGCCCUUGCUUACUUGGAUCACAGAGCAGAGAGAAUCCUUCAUAAAGAACAAGGAAAAACAGGUGAAGUUAUUAAGUUGACUGAUAUAAAGGACUUCUCCUUACCUCUGUGGCUGAUAUUCAUCAUUUGUGUCUGCUACUAUGUUGCCGUGUUCCCUUUUAUUGGUCUGGGAAAAGUUUUCUUUAUAGAGAAAUUUGGAUUUUCUCCUCAGGAAGCAAGUGCAGUUAACAGUGUUGUGUACAUCAUAUCAGCACCCAUGUCCCCAAUAUUUGGGCUCUUGGUGGAUAAGACAGGGAAGAACAUCAUCUGGGUUCUUUGUGCGGUGGCCACCACUCUCAUAUCCCACAUGAUGCUGGCCUUCACCAUGUGGACCCCUUGGAUCGCUAUGUGUCUUCUGGGACUCUCCUAUUCAUUGCUUGCCUGUGCAUUGUGGCCAAUGGUAGCAUUUGUUGUUCCUGAACACCAGUUGGGAACUGCAUAUGGCUUCAUGCAGUCCAUUCAGAACCUGGGGCUGGCCAUCAUUUCCAUUAUUGCUGGCAUGAUACUGGAUACUUGGGGAUAUUUGUUUCUAGAAGUUUUCUUCGUUGCCUGUGUUUAUUUGUCACUUUUAUCUGUGGUCUUACUUUAUUUGGUGAAUCGUGUCCGAGAUGGGAACCUAAAUUAUUCUGCAAGAAAAAGGGAAGAAAUGAAACUUUCUCAUACUGAAUGAGAAGCAGCAGUGACGCAUGAGAAUGGGCUGUGCACACCGUUCAUGUGGAAACUUCCGUUAUAUAUUUUUUUAAUUUAGAGUUUAGUUAUUAGGAAAAAUAAUGGAGUGGAAAGUCAUAUUUAUGGUUCAGAUCUACCUAUUUGGAAGUGUGUUUGUGAGGACUGCCUUAGCCUGUCUUUUGUGUUGUGUGGCUGAAGAAUUCUGCUUUGGAAAAGGCCAGUCAACAUCCAGGUGGACUUCAGCCAGGAUGGUCCGUAAUGGGAAACAUUGCAUCUUGUAUCUAGAUGAUUUUCACUAAGUGUGUCUUAGGAAUGUGGCUUUUUCUUAUCUCAAAAAAAGAGAAUCCUAUGAAAAACAGGAAGUUCUUGGGGGAUAGAAGGGCUCUUUUGUACAGAAUGAAGGAUGGUUCCCUGCAGGGCAUUGCCUUGGUGGGGACUAUUGUGCUCCCACCAUGAGGCUGUGCUCCGCUACAGCCAGGGGCAGUGGGCAGCACACUCUGCACUGGGGACCUGACCACUUGGGGCAUACUUUUGUAACACAAACUUUCUGUAGAGUUUUUUCUUAUAGACAAGUUAAUAACUCAAACAUUCUGCAACUUAUGAUAUAUAGAUAAAUAAAAACACUGCAAAAGGAA